AUGAUUUCCCUCAACAAUUUUUUAAGUCAAGUAAAUCCUGAUAGAAUUAAAGUCCCCGAUAUAAAUGAUGGGAUGAACCUUAUUGCUCGAGCGAGAAGCGGAAGAAUAAUCCGAAGGAUGUCGGGUAAAAGAUUAAUGAAAAGAAACGUAAUACAUGAAGCCAAUAGAUUACAGAUUAUUAUCCAACGACAUAUAAUUAAUCUAGCGACGAACCAUUUUUGGGGACUUUUAUUAAUUUCUCAGCGAAAUCAAUUCACAACUUUAGCAAAUCGUGUAAAUAGCAUGAAUCCAAACUAUACGGUUCGUAUGGAUACACUUUUUAGGAUUUCUCAAAUAACCGGACGGCAGGAUACGAAUAGUGAAUUUGAGGAUAUGUUUUAUCACGGAUCUACUUUUCCUUGA